UAAUGCAACUCUUUAUAUAUGAGUACGCUAAGGAGGUCGAUUGACUAGUGAAUAAGCUUUCGAUCCGGCCGGUCAUUGGAUUAACAGUGAGAAAAAUGAGUGUACAAUUAACAAGUUUCGUAUUUGUUAUACAGUUAGCGAUGAUUUUUGCGGAGAUCCCGCCUAUUCACAAAUGCAAAAUAUCGGAUACCGCAUGUCUAAUGACAUCUGCGCAGUCUGCACUUCCGGCAAUGGCGGUUGGUAUACCGGAAAUGAACUUGGAGCCAUUAGAUAUAAUGGAUAUAGAUAAAAUCAAGGUGGACCUUGCGGGACUUAAGUUGGGUAUUAAGGAUGCGCACAUAAAAGGACUCAAGGGGGCAAUAAUCGAUAAGCUGAGCAUUGAUAUAGCUAAGAAGCUGAUUACCCUCGUGUUUCAUGCAGAUGUUGUAAUGAAUGGACAUUACAAAGCAUCAGGGAGACUCCUUAUUUUACCUAUAAAUGGUGAUGGACAGACUACCAUAAAAUUAAAGAAUCUUGUCAUAGAAAUGAUUAUGCCGUUUGAGAUUAGGAAAAAUUCAGAUGGCAAGGAUUUCAUUGAGGUCAAGAGUUACAAAUACAAAUACGAUGUAAAAACCAAUGCGAAUUUUCGUCUAACUAAUUUAUUCAACGGAAACAAACAGCUGAGUGACACAAUGCACAACUUUAUGAAUGAGAAUUGGAAAGUCCUAGUACAAGAGUUCGGCACACCGAUGCUUGAUAUACCUAAUGCUAAAAUAUUUGCAGUCAUCAAAACCUUUUUUAAAUCACGUCCUAUGGAAGACGUAAUAGAAAUGUGAUAAAAGAAUAAUGUUUGCAUUAUUCUUAGUUUUUAAUUUAUAAUUAUGACUGUCUUAUGUUUAAUGUAGUUUUAUGUUAACAUUUUAGACGUGUCAUAAGUAAUAAGGAACAAAUUGGGGAAUAUAUAAUAUAUUAUACAUCCAAUAUUAAAAGACUGAAAUUGAAUAUAAACUGUAUUACUACUGAAAUAUAUAUUUUACAGUAAAUGUUAUAGUUUAUAUAAUCGUUAGUACAAAUUUAAAGUUUUUUAAACUGUCUCCAAAUUGUUUAGGAAGUUAAAUCUAGUAUUAUUAUGUGAUAUGGAGGACAAAUGGUGACUACGGAGUUUUGACUUUAGUUAUGUAAUUUAUAAUAAAAUAUUAACAAUAGAAAA